GGAGUUGCUACAUCUAUUGAAGCAUCAGAUUAGCGGGUCAUAUGAUGAAUUUAUAGAUUGAUAUUGGGUCUAACAAUAAGGGAGUGUCUUAAUUUUAUAGUUAAUUUCUACGAAAUAAAAAUGUUAAAAUUGUUUUUCUGUUGCGUAGCUGUAUUUGUUGCAGUUAAAGCAAGUGGAGAUUUUGUAGUUCUACAUAGUCCAAACAGUGUCCUGUUUAAUGGGAAUGAAGAAGUGGAACAAAGCUUGCUUAAAGAAGUAUUAGCUGCUGCAUUAGGAUUUACUGUUAAACUGAGAGGAAUAUGGAGUGGCAUUUCUAUUACCGAUCCAUUUAGCCUUCCCGAAGCUGUAGUUGCAGUAGUAAUAGAAGGAGUAGAUUCUCUAGAUAUACCAAAGGGUAAAAGAUUUCCUCUAUAUGUUAAUGAAGUUGAAGAAACAACAUGGCAAGCUCUCAGAGAACGUCUUGAAGAAAGAGACAAUGAUAACACUUUAGUAAGAAUUUCAUUAGGAGAUGGUUUAGAUGCUCUAGGACAGUCUGCUCUUGGAGAAUUAAAACCAACUCCUAUCGAUGAAUCAUCUUUGAGAGCUUUAAAUUUAAGGAAGGAAGAGGACAAGAAAUUCCUUGAAGAAGUACAGUUACUCCAUGCAAUUGCUAAAAAAGCACCUUCUGCAAUUAAACCAGAUUCCAAAUCUGAUAUCUAUUGGCUUGUCAUAUCUGGUUUACGCCCGAUUUUUGAUGCUUACGGCAGUAAUUCAACUACUUCUAGGGAAGCUUUAUUAUUAUUAAAUAAUGCUUUGAAUGUUAUCCACGAUGCAUUUAUCCAAGCUUAUGAGGGCCAGGUAUUAAUUGUGGCCUUUACAAACGAUGCAAGUAAGGUACACCAUAUUCGUUCUGUAACUCAAGAAAGGCAAAAACGGGAGGCUUCAGAACCGGCUAAUAAAACUAACAGUAUAGAAUCUCCUUCGGAAGUUAAACAUGUUUACAACGAUACGAAAUUCAAUAAUAGUAAUAUUCCAUCUAAGCAAGAUGAUCAUCCAGCUGAUAGCACAGAUAUAGAAAAUGAAGAGGAUUUAAAUACAAAUAUUACUAGUACUAGUGAACCAUACGGUGAUGUGGACAGUUCGACUACAGUUAAUGAUUUUGAUAAUGAUAGUGACGUCGGUAAAAAUAAUACGGAUUUGAAUAACACGACGAAUACAGUAAAUUCUAACACACAAAUUAUAGGACAGGGAGUCACUCGUCUUGCAAAAGUUUAUUCAGGGGAUUAUCCUGUCAUCUUUAACAUUCUUUUAUGGUUUGGAGUUGUCUUUGUUUUCUCGCUGCUUGCUAUUUGCAUUGCCAUUGCUCAGAUGGAUCCCGGACGUGAUUCCGUAAUAUAUAGGAUGACUUCCAAUCGCAUGAAGAAAGACAAUUAAAUGUAAAUAUAAAUUUAAAUUAAAUGAUCCAUUCUGUAUAUCUAUUGUACUUAAAUCAUUAACCUUGCUUAAUAAGCAUGUGUCAUUUCAAUUCAUAAAGUAUUGAGAAAAAAAAGAACAGGAAAUGUUCCAUUAUGUAUUGUAACAACUAUUGUAGUGUAUUUAUGUAUACAAUAGUUGUAACAUAUGUAAUGUAAACAGUCAGUCAUUUAGUUUUCAUUUAUUAUGCACUAUAGGGAAUUAUUAAACAACUAAAUUUUGUUACAUAGUAGUACUGUACAAAAGUAUUUCUAGUAGAUUAAAUCUGUUGUAAAUUAGUAUAAGUUAUAAUAAACUAUACUUGAAUGUAAAGUUAUAUAAAAUAAAGUAACAGUUAUUAUGGGUAUUGUGAAUUAAA